AUGAACUGCAACGAGCUGCAGGAAAACACCACCGGGGAGCGGUACAUGAUCAAGCGGCCCAAGGCGCUCCAAUGGUUUCACAACGGCCAAUUGGUGAAGCACAGCGACGAGGAAAGACAGGCUGGCCGUUUUGAGCUUUUCCUCGACCUCCUAUACGUCGCCAUUGUCGCCAACUUCAGCGACGACCUCGCCGAACACCCAGACGGCAAGCAUCUCGCCAAGUACAUCCUCAUCUUCGCCCCAGCAUGGCACAUCUGGGUCGACCUCCGCGAGAUCAUGAACUCGUACUACACAGACGACCUCCUCCAGCGGCUCGUCAUCCUGUGGGUCAUGGCACUGCUCGUCCUGUACGCCAACAAUGCGCGUCUGGUGGAUGAGGACCUGUCUGCGAUGCAGACCACCGCGGGGGCGUACGUCGUCGCUCGCUUCACCACCAUGUGCGCCUUUCUCGUGUGCUCUUUUGCAAGCCAUCAGCAUCGCACGCAGGCUCGCAUCAUGGCUUUCUUCAUGUGUAUCGGCCUCUUCAUUGCCAUCCCGCUGUUCUUCGAGGACGUCAGCAUCGAGGCCAAAAUCGCCGUCGUUGCCGUCAUCAUCUUCUAUCAAGAAGUCACCUGGUCAAUCACCUUGAGCCCAGGGCUCAAGAAAAGACUCAAGCUCACGUACAGCACCGCCGUCGACAUUGCCCACGAGAUAGACCGCAUGGCCGCCUUCUUCAUCAUCAUCCUAGGCGAGUUCGUCUACAGCGUCAUUGUUGGAGAUCCAGCAGGCGUCGGCCUCACAAAGGGCUAUGCGAAAGCUGCGUUUACGCUCAUCAUUGCCUUUUGCCUCAACUGGCUCUAUGUCAGUGGUGACGGCAGCUUGGAGGCGACGCAUCCGAUUCAACGAUCUGCAUGGACGGCUUUUGCAUUCUUCUUGCUUCAUUUACCGCUCUCCGCGUCGUUUCUCAUCGGCGGCCACAUUGCCGCUAUAAGUACCAGAUUGGACGAAUUUGAAGCGGGACAGAGGUGGCUCUUGGGAGGAGGGCUAGGCGUGGGCAUGUUUUGCCUCUGGAUCUACGGCAUGUUGUAUCGGACGCAUGACGAAGACUGCUUGAUCAUGUCGAAGACGCCGCGCGUAGGGAUGCGAUUAGUUGUUGCCAUCGUUCUGAUUGCAUUGCCUGCGACAGAUGAUGGGCUGUCGACGACGAGCUUCAUGGCGGUGGUUAUGUCUCUCUUUGCGUUUGUGGUGAUUUGGGAGACUGUUGGGGGUCUCCUGAAGGGGGCUCAGGUCUUUGAGCCUUGGACGGAUCGACAUGCGCCUGUGAGCGACACCGAGGCAGACGAGAGAUUGGGGCCAAGUCAAGGGUGA